UCCCAUUUUCUGAACAUAAAAAAAGCUCUCUCUUUAUUCGCGUGCGCGUGUGUAUAUAUAUGUUCAGGAGCAUGAUUGCAAACAACAAUUUGUUAGUAGUAUUUGUAUUUGAACAAGAAAAUUUUGAAUUACAUUGAACACUCAAUCUGUUGCUUUAGCUAGAAAAGGAGAGAUUUCUUAGCUUUCAGAUUAUCCGAUACCCUUCUUGUGAGAGCUUGUUGUGCGAAAAGCCCCUUUGUAUUGACAGAAAAAUGGGGGAUCACUUCGUGUUGCUGGUUGAUCGUUUGCUUACUGAGUCGACUCUGGAGGCUGCGAUCGAGAGUGGAUUGAAGCAUGCAGUUCCCAUCACUGUUGAUGAAGAAGCAAUUGACUAUUCGUACCAGAAAGAUUCUGAGGCUAGCUUGUCUCCGAGAAAGGUGGUCGAGUGCAGGAUAUGCCAGGAUGAAGGUUUUGAUUCGAGCAUGGAGGCUCCUUGCUCUUGCUCUGGAAGCUUGAAGUAUGCUCAUCGUAGAUGUGUACAAAAGUGGUGCAACGAGAAGGGUGACACCAUGUGUGAGAUAUGCCAUCAGCAAUUCAAGCCAGGAUACACUGCACCGCCCCCAAUUUUCCGUUUUGGUGGACUUCCUAUGAACUUGAGAGGGAAUUGGCAAAUUGCCAGAACAGAUUUGAACAAUCCGCGCAUUAUUGCAAUGGUCGCUGCUGAUCAUAGCUUCCUUGACCCUGAAUACGACGAGUACGCUGCUUCCACAUCGCGAAGCAUAGUCUGCUGCCGCACAGUAGCCAUAAUAUUUAUGGUACUACUGAUUAUGCGGCAUACUCUUCCAAUAGUCAUGAGUCGAGCAGGGAAUUAUCCUCUCCCAGUGAUCAUGCUGUUAUUGCUGCGAGUUGCUGGGAUUAUUCUUCCAAUCUACAUCAUACUUAAAGCAGUUACCUCCAUCAUACGUCGUCGACAGCAGCAGGUGGCGCCUGCACCCGACGUAGAAUCGAGCCCGUUGCCUCUGAAUCAGCCAGAUUUGAAUGCAGUCAGUUGAAGGGCUCAAUUUGCCAAUAAACUAGCCAUGGAAGUGCCAACCGCCUGCUGAGGUGGAAUUUGCUCCGGCACAUUUCAUGUUUUAUAACUUAAAAUGUAAAUUUAUCAAGAAAAGAAAAGCAAAAGGCUAUAUUUGAGGUGGGAUUUUGAUACACCUCUGGAAGAAGCAUUUGUACAGAAUACUGAAAAUUGGAAUAUAGAAAAAAAAAAAAAACAAAUCUUAAUUUGUAAAUCUGUCGACAGUCAGAUUCCUACUUUCUUGCACAUGGUAACUUGUCCUAAGCCAAGUUAUGUAAUCCAUCCUACGAUGAGAUUCAGUUUGAAAUGUAUAGAAAGUAGUUGGCGACUUUCGGUAAAUCCUAAAAAAGUGGUUGACGACUUUAGUAAAAAAUUUAUACUCCUACAAUAAUUGCUAAAAGUUAUAAUUGUGAAGCGCUAAACAGUCCAGCUAGGAUUGGGCCAUGAAUUUUUCGGCCCAACUAAUUGACAAAGUGGGCCGAACAAAAAUAGUAAUACUCCCUAUAGAAACAUAAUUAUCAUUAUCCCUUCAAAGAAAAAUAAUUAUCAACUGCUGCAAAUUAUCGGCAUCGAAUAAUACUAAACAAAAACAAACAAAUUGCAUCGAGCUAUGAAAAAGAGAAAAACUCGUUAAUUUAUCCGUUCAUUCAUAAAAUAUCAAGAUUUAAGAAUCCCUAAAAACCGUUCCUCAAAUCACUGUAGCUAAAAGAAUCGAUCCCUAAUUCGCCACCCUUCUUCUUCGUCUUCACCGUCACGCCAUUAACGCCGGCGACUAUCACCGAGCUCGCCAGCCCGAUAAACAUCCCGUGCUCCACAAUUCCCGGCAGCCUCAAUAUCCUAUCGCUCGCCUCAUUCAAAUCCCCAAUCUCCCUCUCAAAAUACAGAUCGAUUAUAUAAUUCCCGUUGUCGCUAACGUACGCCUCCCCGCCGCCCUCCGUCCUCAGCUUCGCCACGCAGCCGGCGCCGGCGAACAGCGCCUUCAGCCGAACCAGCGAGUGGCUCCAGCAGAACGGUAUCACCUCCACCGGCAUCGCCAAUCCGCUGCCGCCGAUGUGGCUCACCAAUUUCGAUUCGUCGACGAUCACAAUGAAUUUCUUACUCGCGGAUUCCACCAUUUUCUCCCUCAGCAACGAUCCUCCCCUGCCUUUGACGAGGUUCAAAUCCGGAUCGACCUCGUCGGCGCCGUCGAUCGACAGAUCGACGACCGGAUGCGUGUCGAGAUCCGAGAGCGGGAUGCCGAGCGACGUCGCCUGCUCGAAGGUCUUGGUGGAGGUGGCGAUUCCGACGAUGUCGACCAGCUUCCCCUGCUUCAUGAGCUCGGCGAUGCGGUCGACGGCGUGCUUCGCCGUGGAGCCUGUGCCGAGGCCGAUGACCAUGCCGGAUUG